AUGGCAGACAGUUGUUGUCCUGGAAACACGAUGGCCGUUCCAGCUGUGCCCACCAUCUCCAUCUGCCCAAAUGGAAGCAGCUUCAAGAAUGCUAUCUGCUUGCCCAGUUCCUGCCAGAGCAGAACAUGGCAACUCGUCACUUGCCAAGAAAACUGCCAGCUACCCAGCAAUGCUCCAGGUGGCUGUGCACCUGCUUCUUGCCAAACUACCUGCCUUCCAUCAACUUCUUGUGUAGGAUUUGUCUGCCAACCCAUUUCCCCCAGCAUAGCCUGCCAUGAAUCUGGCCCUGGUCAGUCUACUUGUCUGGUUAGCUCAUGCCAGCCAUCCUGCUCAGAAUCUACCAGCUGUCAGGCAAAGUGCUGUGAUGCCAGCCCCUGCCAACAAGGCUCCUGCCGGGAACCUGUUUGUGUGUCCAGAUCAUGCCAGGAAGCUUGCGGCCAAUCAAUCUGCUGUGACACUAGAUCCUGCCAGCCAUCCUGCUCUGAGGUAACUCCCUGUCCUGAGGUAACUUCCUGUCCUGAAACAUCAUGCCCACCAAACAUCUGUGUGUCCAGUCCAUGCCAACCAUCUUGCUGUCAAGCAGAUUCAUGUCAUUCUACUAGCUGCAAAGACCAGGCCUGCAAAUCGACUUAUUACCAACCUAUUUGCUACAUUUUUAAGCCUUGUCAGUCAGUUCCUUGCAUGUCUGUUCCCUGCCAGCCAUCGACGUGUAUGUUCAGUUCUUGUAAUUCGACUUGCUGUGUGCCCUCCUCCUGCCAGCCACUUCAAUGCCAACCAGCUUCUUCCAUAUCCUUUAUAUGUCAGCCAGUAGCUAAGUGUCAGCUCCCUUGUUCUGUAAAGAACCCUUGUAAAUCAGUUUCCUGUGGCACCAUGCUUUCUGGCCAACCAACUUGUGGUGGGUCCAAUUCCUGCAACCAAAGUGGCUGCAAAUCCCCUUCCUACCAAACAGCUUGCUGUGUGACUGGUUUAGGCAAAUCAUCUACUGGUUCCUGCAAAGCAAACAAUUGCUUGUUGACUUCCUGCCAACCCAGCCAUGAGGCCAGCUUCCAGGAAGCAACAUUUCAGUGA